UCUGCAAAGGAGGCAGAAACCAUGCUGUUUCUGACUUUGGGGAAAAGAAUGCUGUACAGCCCGGUCUGCUGGUCCUCCGCAACCAACAGGAGAAGGAGCAGGGUGGUGCUGAGGAAGCCCCGCCCCCAGGAGGCGGGGCUACGGCUCUCUUCUAAACAGGUUACCGAACCGCGAGGUCCUGGAGGCUUUAGUUUAGCCAGGCAUAUGCAAAAAUCCCCCGAGCUUGCUCAGCAGAUCUGAAAUGAGCAUUUAUUAAAGCCAGCUUUCUCCCGGGAGGGUCAUUUUCGGAUCCCCUGCAUGUGACUGCAAGCCCAGGCUGAACCUUCACUCCUCUGCAGCCGGAAGGAUUCUCGCUGGGGCUUCGGUACUCUAUCGUCUUUGUGUGGAAGGAGCUCUGGAGGUCUUUCAUCGGGACCUUUAGAGUUGGAGUUCCGAGUCCUCCGUCUCUUUCCAAGAAGGAGCCACCCGUGGAGAGCACAGCCUUUCGAACUCAGCACUGGAGACACACGGAGAUUCUUUAAAGGAUGGUCUCCCACUCGGAGCUGAGGGAAAUUUUUUGCUCUGCUGACGCAGUCUGCUUUGAUGUUGAUAGUACAGUCAUCAGAGAAGAAGGAAUUGAUGAGCUGGCCAAGUUCUGUGGUGUUGGGGAUGCUGUGUCAGAAAUGACCCGUAGAGCCAUGGGUGGCGCAGUGACUUUUAAGGCGGCUUUAACAGAGCGGUUAGCCCUCAUCCAGCCUUCCAGAGAACAAGUGCAGAAACUCAUAUCAGAGCAUCCUCCACAUCUCACACCAGGAAUAAGGGAGCUGGUGAGCUGCUUACAGCAGCGAAAUGUUCAGGUCUUCCUAAUAUCCGGUGGGUUUAGGAGCAUCGUAGAACAUGUUGCUUCAAAGCUCAAUAUUCCAGCCACUAACGUCUUUGCCAAUAGGCUGAAGUUCUAUUUCAAUGGUGAAUACGCUGGUUUUGAUGAGAGCCAACCAACCGCUGAAUCUGGUGGGAAAGGGAAGGUGAUUGGGCUCCUUAAAGAACAGUUUCAUUUUAAGAAAAUAGUCAUGAUUGGAGAUGGAGCUACAGACAUGGAAGCUUGUCCUCCUGCUGAUAUUUUCAUUGGCUUUGGAGGAAAUGUGAUUAGGCAACAAGUGAAGGACAAUGCCAAGUGGUUCAUCACUGACUUUGAGGAGCUUCUUCGAGAACUGAAAAAGUGAUGUCCAAUUUGAAAUAUAUGAAAAAAAUAUGCAUAUAUAUUUUAUUAGCAUUUCCAGAUUAAUUAAAAAGAAAACUUCUACGGA